AUGGGUUCUGUGGAACAGCUGCAACGCCAAUUAGGAGGGUUUGACUUCAGCAACCACUGCCGGAAUGUAUCCUUGCUACUGCGCUCUGCUGCCGCCAGCUCUUCUGCUUCGUCGUCGACCGGCGUUCCUUCCGCUGCAGCAGCAGGGAGCUUUCGCAUGCCUCCUCUGCGCAAGACAGGCACGACCAUAUGUGGUGUCAUAUUUCAGGACGGGGUGGUGCUGGGGGCCGACACAAGAGCAACCGAGGGACCCCUUGUUGCGGAUAAGAAUUGCAACAAACUCCACAAAAUUAGCAGCAACAUCUACGCCGCUGGUGCAGGCACUGCAGCAGACCUCGACCACAUGUGCGACUGGCUCGCCACCCAGGUCGAGCUACACAGACUCAACACUUACGCAAAG